AUGGCCAAUAACGCGGCUCCCGCCGCUGCCGCCGGUAACAACAACAACAACAACGCCAGCGGCGGCGGCGGCUCCUCCUCGGAGCCGGCUCUGAAGGAAGGUGGAAGCUCCUCGGCGUUAUCUUCAUCUUCUUCGUCUUCUUCCUCCUCCUCCUCCUCCUCCUCCAACCCGGGCUCGGCCAUGGAGACGGGGCUGCUCCCCAACCACAAGCUGAAGAGCGUCGGAGGCGAUCACCCCGCCGCGCCGCCCCACCACCACCAUGCCCACCACCCGCAUCACCAUGCCCACCACCACCAUGCCCACCACCCGCACCACCACCACCAUGCACUACAGCAGCAGCUAAAUCAAUUCCCGCCGCCGCCGCCGCAGCAGCCGCCGCCUCAGCACCAUCCCGUGCAGAAUAACAACAGCAGCCUCGGCGGCGGCAGCGGCAGCAACAACAACGGCGGUGGCGGUGGCGGCGCUGCUAAGCCCAGUGCAGACAUGGAGCAGCAGCAACAUGGAGGAAAAGACAGUGUUUUGGGCGCUCAGGCCGAGCCCCCCCAGCAGCCGCAGCAAAUGCUGAAUAAAGGCGCCGACGAGGAGGAGAUGCCCGGCAAGAUGGGCGAGCCCAUCGGCGGCCGCUACGAUCACCCCGGCUUGGGACCCCUGGGCGGACAGCAGCAGCCCCAGCAGCCGCCCCCGAGCGCUGGGAGCGGCGGCGGCGGCCUCGGCGGCGGCGGCGGCGGCGGGAGCGGGGGAGGCGGCGGCGGCCCCUCCGCGGUGGGUGUCUCGGAGUUCAAUAGCUAUUAUGGCAACGCUGCCCCUGCCCCUGCCAGCAGCGCUACGGCGAGCCGCGCCGGGCCUUGCUUUGAUCAACAUGGCGGACAACAAAGCCCCGGGAUGGGGAUAAUGCACCCCACGGCGGCCCCCAACAGCAUGGACCCCCUGCAAAACUCCCACGAAGGUUACCCCAACAGCCAGUACAACCACUACCCGGGCUACGGCCGCGGCCCCGGCGGCGGCGGCGCGGGCGGCGGCGGCGCGGGAGCCGUGGCGGCGGCGGCGGCCGCCGGGGCAGGCGGCGGCGGCGGCGGCGGCUACGGGGGCUCCGCGGCGGGCUACGGGGUGCUGAGCUCCCCGCGGCAGCCGGGCGGCGGCAUGAUGAUGGGCCCCGGCGGCGGGGCCGGCCUCGGCAAGGCUGCUGCCGGCGCGGCGGCGGCGGCCGGCGGCUUCGCGCGGUUCUCCGGGCAGAACCAGCACCCGUCCGGGGCCACCCCUACCUUGAACCAGCUGCUCACGUCCCCCAGCCCCAUGAUGCGGAGCUACGGCAGCAGCUACCCCGACUACAGCAGCCCCAGCGCCCCGCCGCCGCCGCAGCCCCAGCCCCAGGCAGCGGCGGCCGCCCCGGGAAGCCAGCAGGCAGCGGCGGGCAUGGGCAUGGGCAAGGACAUGGGCGCCCAGUACGGAGCGGCAAACCCGGCCUGGGCAGCGGCACAACAAAGGAAUCACCCGGCGAUGAGCCCUGGGAACACCGGGCAGGCCAUCAGCAGGACCCAGGGCAGUCCAAUGGAUCCAAUGGUCAUGAAGAGACCUCAGUUGUACGGCAUGGGCAAUAACCCUCACUCUCAGACGCAGCAGAGCAGCCCCUACCCCGGGCAGUCCUACGGCCCUCCCGGCCCCCAGCGCUAUCCCGUGGGAAUGCAGGGCCGAGCCCCAGCAGCCAUGGGAGGAAUGCAGUAUCCACAGCAACAGAUACCGCCUCAGUAUGGUCAGCAAGGUGUAAGUGGCUACUGCCAGCAGGGCCAGCAGCCGUACUACAACCAGCAGCCGCAGCCUCAGCAUCUGCCACCCCAGGCACAAUAUCUGUCGCAGGCCCAGCAGAGGUACCAGGCUCAGCAGGACAUGUCUCAGGAAGGCUAUGGAACCAGAUCUCAACCCCCGAUGGCCCCAGGAAAGCCUAACCAUGAAGACUUGAAUCUAAUCCAGCAAGAAAGACCAUCAAGCUUACCAGAUUUAUCUGGAUCCAUUGACGACUUGCCGACUGGAACCGAAGCAACCCUGAGCUCAGCCGUUAGUGCAUCAGGCUCUACGAGCAGCCAAGGGGAGCAGAGCAACCCUGCACAGUCUCCGUUCUCCCCUCAUGCUUCUCCACAUCUCUCUGGCAUCGCUGGGGGACCAUCGCCUUCACCUGUAGGCUCUCCCGUUGGAAGCAACCAGUCGCGAUCUGGUCCCAUUUCUCCAGCGAGUAUUCCAGGCAGUCAGAUGCCACCGCAGCCUCCUGGCAGCCAGUCAGAAUCCAGCUCCCACCCUGCCUUGAGCCAGUCACCAAUGCCACAGGACCGAGGUUUUAUGGCAGGCAUACAGAGGAACCCCCAAAUGUCACAGUAUGGACCUCAGCAAACUGGACCUUCCAUGUCACCACACCCCUCACCUGGAGGCCAAGUGCAUCCUGGAAUCGGUAGCUUUCAGCAGAGUAAUUCAAGUGGUACUUAUGGGCCUCAGAUGAGCCAGUAUGGACCACAAGGAAACUACUCCAGACCACCAACGUACAGCGGCGUGCCCAGCACAAGUUACAGUGGCCCAGGGCCCGGCAUGGGUAUAAAUGCCAACAGUCAGAUGCAUGGACAGGGGCCAAGCCAGCCUUGCGGUACCAUGCCCCUGGGACGGAUGCCAUCAGCUGGGAUGCAGAGCAGACCAUUUCCUGGAAACAUGAGCAGUAUGACCCCCAAUUCUCCUGGCAUGUCUCAGCAGGGAGGCCCCGGGAUGGGCCCACCCAUGCCAACUGUGAACCGUAAGGCACAGGAGGCAGCCGCUGCAGUGAUGCAGGCUGCUGCAAACUCCGCUCAGAGCAGGCAAGGCAAUUUUCCUGCCAUGAAUCAGAGCGGUAUAAUGGGAUCCAGCUCCCCCUACACUCAGCCGAUGAACAACAGCUCUGGCUUGAUGAACCCGCAGGCUCCUCCUUACAGCAUGGCACCUAACAUGGUGAACAGUUCAACAGCCCCUAUGGGUCUUGCAGAUAUGAUGACACCCGGUGAGUCCAAACUACCCCUUCCUCUCAAAGCAGAUGGCAAAGAAGAAGGACCUCCCCAACCCGAGAGCAAGUCAAAGAAAUCAAGUUCUUCUACCACAACUGGAGAGAAGAUCACAAAAGUCUAUGAACUAGGAAACGAGCCAGAGCGCAAGAUGUGGGUAGAUCGGUACCUCACGUUCAUGGAGGAGAGGGGCACGCCUGUGGCCAGUCUGCCAGCUGUGGGCAAGAAGCCCCUGGACCUGUUCAGGCUCUAUGUCUGCGUCAAAGAGAUUGGAGGUUUAGCACAGGUUAAUAAAAACAAGAAGUGGCGUGAGCUGGCAACCACCUUGAACGUUGGCACUUCGAGCAGCGCUGCCAGCUCCCUGAAAAAACAAUACAUUCAGUACCUGUUUGCCUUCGAGUGCAAGAUUGAGCGAGGGGAGGAGCCCCCUCCAGAAGUCUUCAGCACUGGAGAUACUAAGAAACAACCUAAGAUUCAGCCGCCAUCUCCCGCUAAUUCUGGUUCCUUGCAAGGCCCACAGACUCCACAGUCUACUGGUAGUAAUUCCAUGACAGAAGUGCCAGGCGAUUUGAAGCCCCCAACACCAGCAUCAACACCUCAUGGACAGAUGACACCUAUGCAGGGUGGCAGAAACAGCGCAGUUAGUGUGCAUGAUCCCUUUUCUGAUGUAAGUGAUUCAGCAUUCCCGAAGCGAAACUCCAUGACGCCAAAUGCACCAUACCAGCAGGGAAUAAACAUGCCAGAUAUGAUGGGAAGGAUGCCAUAUGAGCCGAAUAAAGAUCCUUUCGGUGGAAUGAGAAAAGUGCCUGGAAGCAAUGAGCCUUUCAUGACCCCUGGACAAAUGCCUAACAGUGGAAUACAGGAUAUGUAUAACCAGAGUCCAUCUGGAGCAAUGUCCAACAUGAGCAUGAGCCAGCGACAGCAAUUCUCUUAUGGAAGUGGCUAUGAUAGGAGGCAUGAACCAUAUGGGCAGCAGUAUCCAGGACAAGGACCUCCCUCAGGACAGCCACCAUAUGGAGGACAUCAACCUGGAAUGUAUCCACAGCAGCAGAACUAUAAGCGACACAUGGAUGGCAUGUAUGGGCCUCCAGCCAAACGCCAUGAAGGGGAUAUGUAUAACAUGCAGUAUGGCAACCAACAACAGGAAAUGUAUAACCAGUACAGCAAUGCUUACACGGGGCCUGACAGGAGGCCCAUGCAGGGACAGUAUCCGUAUCCGUAUAACAGGGAGAGGAUGCAGGGCCCAGGACAAAUGCAGCAGCAUGGAAUACCUCCCCAGAUGAUUGGUGGCCCCAUGCAGUCGUCAUCCUCCAGCGAAGGUCCUCAGCAGAACAUGUGGCCGACAAGAAAUGAUAUGCCUUACCCUUACCAGAAUAGGCAAGGUCCAGGAGGCCCUGCACAGGCCCCACCGUAUCCAGGGAUGAAUCGCACUGAUGAUAUGAUGGUACCUGACCAGAGAAUAAACCAUGAGAGUCAGUGGCCUUCUCAUGUCAACCAACGUCAGCCUUCUUAUAUGUCAUCCUCAGCCUCCAUGCAGCCUAUCACUAGACCUCCUCAGUCAUCCUACCAGACACCACCCUCUAUGCCAAACCACAUCUCUAGAGCUCCAAGUCCAGCAUCCUUCCAGCGCUCUUUGGAAAACCGUAUGUCUCCAAGCAAGUCUCCUUUCCUACCCUCCAUGAAGAUGCAAAAGGUUAUACCCACAGUUCCGGUGUCACAGGUCACAGGACCUCCACCCCAACCACCACCGAUUAGGCGAGAAAUUACCUUCCCCCCAGGCUCUGUAGAAGCAUCCCAACCAGUCUUAAAACCAAGACGAAAGAUUACCUCAAAAGAUAUUGUAACUCCUGAGGCCUGGAGAGUGAUGAUGUCUCUUAAAUCUGGUCUUUUGGCUGAAAGUACCUGGGCGCUAGACACUAUUAAUAUUCUUCUGUAUGAUGACAGCACUGUCGCUACUUUCAACCUCUCUCAGUUGUCUGGAUUUCUUGAGCUUUUAGUAGAAUAUUUUAGAAAAUGCCUGAUUGACAUUUUUGGAAUCCUUAUGGAAUAUGAAGUGGGAGAUCCAGGCCACAAAGCACUUGAUCACAAAGCAGCCAAGAAAGAUGAUAGCCAGUCCUUGGCAGAGGAUACUGGAAAAGAGGAGAACGACGAAUGUAUUGACUAUUUUGAUGAAGAGGAGGAGGAGGGGGAGGAUGAAAAGGUAGAAGGAGACGAAAAGAGCAUUGUUUUUUCCACUCCUGGUGCCAUUGCUGAUCCAAGUGAGAGGCCAAAACAAGCCAGUAAGUUUGACAAGCUGCCAAUAAAGAUUGUAAAGAAAAAUAAUCUAUUUGUUGUUGACCGAUCUGACAAACUUGGACGCGUUCAGGAAUUUGAUAGUGGACUUCUCCACUGGCAGCUUGGUGGUGGUGACACAACUGAGCAUAUCCAGACUCAUUUUGAAAGCAAGAUGGAGAUUCCUCCGCGCAGGAAAGCCCCUCCUCCCUUGAACUCUCCAAGCAAAAAGAAGGACCUCGAGGGAAAAGGUGAAUCUGAGGAACAACAAGAAAAAAGUAUAACAGCAACCAUUGAUGAUGUCCUCUCAGCUCGGCCAGGAGCAUUGCCUGAAGACUCAAACUCUGGUUCCCAAACAGAGAGCAGUAAAUUUCCCUUUGGGAUCCAUCAAGCCAAAAGCCACCGGAAUAUUAAACUGCUAGAGGAUGAGCCAAGGAGCCGGGAUGAGACUCCUCUAUGCACCAUAACUCACUGGCAAGACUCCUUGGCCAAACGCUGCAUCUGUGUGUCAAAUAUCGUCCGUAGCUUGUCUUUUGUGCCUGGCAAUGACACCGAAAUGUCCAAACAUCCAGGCUUGGUGCUGAUCCUGGGAAAGUUGAUCCUUCUUCACCAUGAGCAUCCAGAAAGAAAGCGAGCGCCGCAGACUUACGAGAAAGAGGAAGAGGAGGACAAAGGGGUGGCCUGCAGCAAGGAUGAGUGGUGGUGGGACUGCCUCGAGGUCUUGAGGGAUAAUACAUUGGUCACAUUAGCCAACAUUUCUGGGCAGCUAGACUUGUCUGCUUACACAGAAAGCAUCUGUUUGCCAAUUUUGGAUGGCUUGCUGCACUGGAUGGUGUGCCCAUCUGCGGAGGCACAGGAUCCUUUUCCAACCGUGGGGCCCAACUCAGUUCUUUCGCCUCAGAGACUUGUGCUGGAGACCCUGUGUAAGCUUAGUAUCCAGGACAAUAAUGUGGACCUUAUCUUGGCCACCCCCCCAUUCAGUCGUCAGGAGAAACUCUACGCUACUUUAGUUAGGUACGUUGGGGACCGCAAAAACCCGGUCUGCCGAGAAAUGUCCAUGGCGCUCUUAUCGAACCUUGCCCAGGGGGACACACUAGCAGCAAGGGCAAUAGCUGUGCAGAAGGGAAGCAUCGGAAACUUGAUAAGCUUCCUGGAGGAUGGGGUCACUAUGGCCCAGUACCAGCAGAGCCAGCAUAACCUCAUGCACAUGCAGCCUCCACCUCUGGAGCCACCUAGUGUAGACAUGAUGUGCAGGGCAGCCAAGGCCUUGCUGGCCAUGGCUAGAGUGGACGAGAACCGCUCAGAGUUCCUUUUGCACGAGGGUCGUUUGCUGGAUAUCUCAAUAUCUGCUGUCCUGAACUCUCUGGUUGCAUCUGUCAUCUGUGAUGUACUUUUUCAGAUUGGGCAGUUAUGACAUAAGUGAGAAGCCAAGCAUGUGUGAGUGGAGAUUAGAGGGUCACAUAUAACUGGCUGUUUUCUGUUCUUGUUUAUCCAACGUAGGAAGAAGGAAAAAAAAAAAAGAAUCUUUGCUCCUCUGCCCCAUUCACUAUUUACCAAUUGGGAAUUAAAGAAAUUAUUAAUUUGAACAGUUAUGAAAUUAAUAUUUGCUGUCUAUGUGUAUAAGUACAUCUUUUUAUUUUAUUUUUUUUUAACCAAAGUUGCUGUCUAGUACAUUCAAAGGUCACUUUUUUUUUUCCAUAGAUUAUCCUUUUCAAUGUUCUUUUCCAUGUUUGUAUUGCAUAUUUUUUGGGAAGCGAACUAGUGACUUUUUAAAAAAAAAAAUGUUAUGGCAAACCAUUGUAUGAUGGAAAAAAAAUCUCACCACUUUGAAACAAAAAGGUGAAAAAUAACCAACAUACCAAGUUCCUGUGUGUUUUAUUUUUUCAAAUAAGGAAAAAAUAAAAAAAAACUUGUAUACCAUCACCCAAAGCUCUGUGCAAUAGAAGAUUCUAGUGAUGUAGGUGUAGGGGAUCAAGGAGGGUGUCAGUCAGUAGUCAAAAUACAAAAUGAUACUGGUUACGUUAGGCUAGGAGCAAAACAAAACAAGUCAAGUUAAAAGAUUUUUAAACAAAACCUGAUGAUAAACAUCAAUUGCUUCCUCACCAGAACUGUCUUGUCUACAUCUGUUUUUUUUUGACCUUCCACAAUGACAGUUCUUCACGAUUCCUUUAAUCAUUUUUUAAAAUAUUUUUUUAUUGCCUAAGGGCCGUGAUGUAUAUAGAAGUUGUACAUUAAACAUACCCUCAUUUUUUUUUUUUUAGUACAAAGUUUUUAGUUUCUUUUUCAUGAUGUGGUAUCUACAAAGUGAUAGUAGAAUUAUUUUUUCUUUCAUUUGGGCCAUAUCUCCAAAAAAAUAAUAAAAAAAAAAAAAGAAAAAAGAAAAAACCCAACACAGAAAACCAACAACUGAGGGUAAUGUACAAGUUUCUGUAUGUAUAAAGUCAUGCUCUAUUUCGGGAGAGCAGCCGAUCACAAUUUGCUUUAUAAAUCAAGGUGUGGAAAUGGUUACGUAUGGAUUGAUUUAAGAAAAUGGUUACCAGUCUACAGACAAAAAAUAUAUACAGGAAAAAAAAAAAGGAAGAAACACAACUUCAAAGAUUUUUCAGUGACAAGAAUCUGCAUUUGUAUUUCAAGAUAAUGUAGUUAAAAAAGAAAAAACUUGAUGUAAAUUCCUCCUUUUCCUCUGGCUUAAUGAAUUUCAUUUAUUCAGUAUAAAAUCUUUAUAUGUUCCACAUGUUAAGAAUAAAUGUACAUUAAAUCUUGUUAAGCACUGUGAUGGGUGUUCUUGAAUAAUGUUCUAUAGUUGCA